CCACCCCGGAAGUAGAAACAAAAGGAGGAGCAGUUUGCACCGUCGGGAUUACACCAGCAUAUUUUCACAACCGCACCAGACGGGCUUUUAUUGUGAAGUGCAGCGGUGUGAAGUUCCGGGUCACAGCUGGUUUGCGGUGAGCGCUUUCUGCCAUUAGCUGCUGAAGAAGAAGAAAAAGAGGAAGAUGCAGAACUCUGCUGUGAACGUGUUGUUGUUGUGGUCUGUGCAGCUGCUCGUGUCUCUCACGUGUUUCCAGGACGUGGUGGAAGCUGCCAGCGGAAGAGGGUUCGGAGACAACAUCCACUGGAGGACACUGGAUGAUGGGAGAAAAGAGGCGGAGGCCAGCGGUCUGCCGAUCAUGGUCAUCGUCCACAAGAGCUGGUGCGGAGCCUGCAAAGCGCUGAAGCCAAAGUUUGCUGAGUCCAGGGAAAUCUCUGAACUUGCACACAACUUUGUAAUGAUCAACCUGGAGGACGAGGAGGAGCCAAAGGACGAAACCUUCAGUCCCGAUGGUGGAUACAUUCCUCGGAUUCUUUUCCUCGAUCCAAGCGGCAAAGUCCAUCCGGAAAUCACCAACAAGAACGGAAAUCCAAACUACAAGUACUUCUACAGCAACGCAGAACAAGUUUUGUCCGGUAUGAAGGAGGCGCAGGAGAAGCUGACGGGCGACGCCUUCAAGCAGGGUCACACCGGCGAUGAGCUGUGAGGAGGCGGAGGCGGGCAUCAGGCUGUAAGGGCUACACUUCUUCUACCUGAGCCUGAGCUUCAGAGCGUCCUCUGACACCCCCACCCCCCGACAGUUAAUAUUCAUCCUCAUCACACCUCAUGCAGUGAGUUCGUCUCACUGAGCAAACCAUUUGUUCUGGUCUUGUACGGUUUCUUUCGUGUCGAAUCGCCGCUCUUUGUCCCGUCUUUGUUUUGAACCAUGUUAUACUUGUAAUGAACACUUGUUAAUUAAAAUGCCAUCUACUGUAACGUUAAUGUCUGUAGAGGAUGUAAACAACUCAAGCUAGCCAAGUGAACUGCAGUAUUUUAUUAACUCUCGUCUGUUGUUGGAAGGAAACGUCACAUCUUCCGUUCGCCGAGUUUCCACCACUGAAGUGAAAUUCCUGGUUUCUCUCCCGACAGCCAAGAAGUUUAAUCUUUUACUUUCUGAUAAGUUUCAUUAAACAAGUCGUGGAAAAUUAAGAAAUCCCUUCAGUUGAACCAGUUUUAAUGUUUUCACCCAACAGCAGUGGUAAAGUAUUCAUACACACCAAGAUUAAUAUACUAACACCUAAAGUGAUGUGCUUCCAAAGAUCCUCCUCAGUACGUUGAUUAUACAUGUGACAUCAUCAUCACCGUGCACUACUCCCUAUAUACUUCUGAUUUGUGUUCUCCUGUCUUUAAAUUACCGAUGAUUCAGUUAAUCCUGCACAUUUAUCUACUUAUUUAGCUCAAUCUGAAUAACUUUGUCUGUUUUUCUGCUUGUGAAGUGAGUUGUUCUGCCUGUUUAGACCUUGUUAAACUCUUUGAAUGAAGGACGGAAACAUUGGUUAAGUAUCUCAAUGUAUUUUAUACAUGCACACGACCAAGUGUGCAAAUAAAGUUUAUUGUAUUGAGUAA